AUGGAGAAUGUCCAAGAUCAUCUGGAUAAUUUAAUACAGUUUUUAGAACAAUUAAAUAUAAACUCUGUCUCGCAAAAUGCUCUAACAACAAGUGGAGCUAAUACAUCUGAACCCAACAAUGAAGUUCGUCUACCUGCCAUUGAUUUACCUCAAUUUCAUGGCAGAGAAGAAAACUUCGAAUGUUACCGGAACAUGUUCGAUUUAUUUGUGAAUUCUAAAAGUUCUAGUAACAAAACAAAGAAAUACCUUUAUUUAUGGAGUACACUUAAGGGAGAAGCAAAGGCAGUUAUUGAUCAUCUGAUUCCGAGUGAUGACGACUACGAUACUGCCAUACAGUUGUUAGAGGUAAACUAUAGUAACCAUGAGGUUGCUAUAUCUAACCUCUACUAUCGACGUAAAGCAAUACUAACACCAACACCAGAAACAACAGCUGAAGCUAUUCAAGAAUUUAGACUCCAAGUGGAGUCUUUAGUCAAAGCUUUUGUUGCCAAGGCAGAUGUUCCUAAAACAGAUUGGGUGUUAAAAUUAGAGAUUCAGAGUAACUUUCCCAGAGAAAUUCUAGCAUCCAUCUGUUCUCAUUAUCAGACAGACAUCCUCACCCUGGAUGAAAUAUUUGAUGGGUUAAGGAUGACGGUGAACCGAAUGAGAGCCCCAUGA